UUUAAAACAUGGCUUUGCUGGAUAUUCCCAUCUCUGUGAACAGAAGUUCACGUCAUUUGACGGCCCCGGGAAAGAAUGGCAUUGCCUACGUUUGUAAUGCCGGCGUUCAGUCUUUGAGCUCCUCCACUGAUUUUGUGAAGCAUAAAAGCCGGUCGAUGAGAAUUGCCGCCACAAUGGUGUCUCCGUCAAUAGACAGAGGAAGGGUUGUUAAAUACCCGAAACAUCCAGCAUGGGAGAGCGUGAAACAAGAGCGUUGGGAGGGCAAGCUUCAAAUUGAAGGCCAAAUUCCAGACUGGUUGAAUGGUACUUACAUACGAAAUGGACCGGGAGUGUAUGACAUAGGUGGUGAAGAUUCUAAGAACUUUUUUGAUGGAUAUGCAACUUUAGUACGUCUUCACUUUGAGGAUGGAGGUUUGACUGCAUGUCAUGCACAAUUACAAUCAGAGGCUUACAAAGCUGCUAUAAAAAAUAAUAGAGUUUGCUGUCGUGAAUUUUCUACAAUUCCAAAAACAUCAAAUAUAUUGUCAACUAUCAGGAACAUUGCGGGACUACUAACUGGUGAUUUAAUUACAGAUAAUGCCAUUAUAUCUGUUGCUAGGUUAGGUGAUGGGAGAGUCAUUUGUUUGACUGAAACUAUGAAAGGAACUAUCCAAAUCAACCCCAACACAUUGGAAACCAUUGGCCCCUUCAAGUACACAGACAAACUAGGGGCUUUGAACCAAUCAGGUCACCCUAUUGUGUCUGAUACUGAAUUUAUUACACUGCUCCCAGAUUUCGUUAACCCUGGUUACCAUGUUAUUCGAAUGCUUCCUGGAACUAAUCAAAGAAAUUUAAUUGGAAAAGUGAAUUGCAGAAGUGACACAUCUGUAGGAUGGGUGCAUUCGUUUGCAUUAACCGAUAAUUACAUCAUUGUUCCAGAAAUGCCAAUGAAAUAUUCUCCAAAGAAUAUUUUAAGUGGGGAUCUCUUAGAAUGGCAUCAAGAUUCCAUGGCGUAUAUGCACGUAAUUUCUAAAGAAACAGGAGAUAUGGUUGCUUCAGUUGAGGUUCCUCAGUUUAUGGCUUUCCACUUCAUCAAUGCUUAUGAAGAAAAAGAUGAGGGUAGUGGCAAGCCAAUAUCAAUUAUAGUUGAUUCUUGUGAAUAUUAUGGCAGUGCUGAAAUAUGGGAAAUAAUGCGCCUACAACACUUAAGAUCAUUUGUUGGAAAUGAUAUUCUUCCAAACUCAAGAAUAGGGCGCUUUAAUAUACCCCUCAAUGGUAGCCUAAGAGGAACAUUGGAGACUGCAAUCCCUCCAAAGGAGCAUGGUAGAGGGAUCGACAUGUGCACUAUUAAUCCAAAAUAUAGAGGAAAAAUGUAUCGUUAUGCAUAUGGAUGUGGAACAAAGCGACCUUGCCAUUAUGCCAAUUGUCUCACAAAGAUUGACUUGAAAGAGAAAUCAAGCAAGUUUUGGUAUGAUGAAGGAAGCAUUCCUUCUGAACCUUUCUUUGUAGGUCAUCCUGGAGAAAAUGCAGAAGAUGAUGGAGUGGUGAUCUCUAUAGUGACUAGUAAAGAUGGUAAUGGGUUUGUUGUAAUUUUAGAUGGAUCCACCUUCACUGAAAUUGCUCGUGCAAAGCUUCCUUAUGGACUCCCAUAUGGCCUACAUGGUUGUUGGAUUCCUUCUGUCCAGGCUUGAUAAAAUUGUGCUUUAUUUGAAUGGAUUUAAGGAGAAAACAAGAAUUAUAAAAUCUGACACUUGAAAUUAUUUUAGAUGGAUCUAAGUUCAUAAUAUUUCUCAAUGUCAAAGCUUCCUUAUGCCAUGUAGCCUACAUAGUUGUUGGAUUGCAUCUC